CAAUACUCGAACAAGAAGACUAAGUACCAUUGCUCUUGUUUCUCUCCUGGCUUACAUACAACUAGCUUAGCUAGGGCAGUAAUAUUCAACAAUCCGAAAAGAACCUUUUACAUUGAGGACAAGUAUGUACAACAUGAUAGAAAAAGAGAGAAUUCCUUAGAAAGCUUUUCAAUGAAGAGAGGAUAAAGAAAAUGACUGUGCCAAAGUCGUCUAUGCUUGGUGUACCUGCUCGGCAGCAACCCGAGCGUGGAUCUAACGUUUUACAGGCCGCAGGAACGAUGCGCUCCUCAACGGUCAAGGGGGAGCAUUCACCUCCUUCUCCGUCGAUCAUAUCUUCACCAUCUAUUAUGGCGAGAAAAUAUAUACUUCAUGAGUAUCCUCGACUCACGACAUCUUCCGAAUUGUGUUCUUGUGAAAGAAAAGAGCGCCGUGCUAGAGUUGUUCGUGACGACCGUAAUUGCAAGAACUACUUCUAACUUUGAGAAAUCUGCGGAACAGCUAGUUCUCGGUUCCUCGUCGACAAAGAAGAGCCAGCGCGAGAGCAGAGAUCGCCUUUGGCUAGGUUUGAAGCCAAGUGGUUUCCAAAGCACCUUUCGUCGCGUGGUGGAGCAAGAAAGCACGUCCUCGACAUCUGGACCGAACAGUCCGGUACCUCCAGGAGCAUCAUCCAAUUACGGAAGACAAACCGGCACUUCGGCAAUGUCUAUCCGAGCUGGAGGUCUCUACGGUCGGGACACGGCACAGAUGAGUGGCGUCGUGAUCAAUAGCUCCGAGGACGAGCAUGAAGCGGCUGCUCCCCCACCUGUUGCGGUAUCUCAUUUUGGAACACGGAAAGUUUUGUUGCUUUUCCUUUCGAAUUGAAUAUUCUUACCACGAGGGGACUCGGGGGCGUCCUAACUCCGUACACGUAAGUAGGUACUCAUGAAUCUUUAUAAUUUCAUAUCAACUUUUUACUCUUACAUCCUUUUUUUGGUCGUCGGCCAUGAUACAGGUGGCUCCCGCUCAGCCCUCCCGAGAGCGGAGUAUAUCCGGCAACUUCUCUCCUCGAGAACCGCCUGCGACACCACGACUCGAACAGCCAUCGAGAGGAGCCUCGAAGAAGAGUGGAGGUAGCAGACUACUUGUUGGAUCUGCGGCAAAUCAGCGUUCUAGCAAUCAGCGCCUAUCUGCAGGAGGCGCAGCCGCGCCAUCGUCCUCGCAAGGAGCAACAUCCUCAAGUACGACAAGCACACCUCGCGGAAGUGGUAAGGUACGACAACUAAUAGAAAGGGGCGCUACGCCACGGGGCUCUUCCUCGAGGACGCAGAGUCAGCGACGAGGCAGCACAUUGCAUGCGACGGCGUCGAGCGCCACACGGAGAUCUGGAAAUACGCCACCGACACCACGCAGCCCUACAACUGGUGCAGAGCGAACAAGUGCCGCUUCUCCACGACAAGUCGCUGGAGGAGGCAGAUCCAGUGGUCGCUUGAUGCAUCAGUCCUCGUCUGUGUCGGUUUCCACCAGGUCCUCUAAGGGACAAAGUAGUUCUGCCUUGCCAAGCUCUCGCGGUACUGCUCUGGCGUCGAUCCCAGAAGGAGGAAGUCUGCCUGCCGUAGACAUCUCGAGUAUCGAUCGGCGGCGCUCGCAAACCGUGUGCCAGUCAGUCGUGCAGAAGCACAUCCGCUUGUUCAACAAGAAGAUCAGUGAUCUGAGCAAGACGCGACAUUCAGAUCCUCCGGGAAGACAAGCGGACAUCAAGAAGCGCGAACUUGAGGUGUCUGGAAAGUUUUUUCGGCGCGCGGUCACUGCGCCGACGUCCAAAACCUUAGGAUUGUCGAAAACGAGCACGAGUUCCGCACCAGGUGGGGACUUGCGUGGAAGCAGCGCAGCUUCUCCUCGCCCCACCUGGCAAAAACCUGCGAUUUCGUUGCGCCUGAGCUCUCCUGCCGAUACAUGUCCAAUGAUCGAGGAAAAGGACGACCCAUCUUCUUCGCUGGAAGCCAAGCUGCCAAGACAGCCAAACGCCUCUACUGGUACUGCUGGAGAGGAGAGAAAUGCGAGUAAGAAACAUCAACCGAGUGAGAAGAGGAACAAUAGCAGCUAUCCCCCUGACGCUGCAACCGCGGGUGGAGGACAACAAAGCUCCAAGAAGGGUAAGGGUAUAUCUUCCGGAAACGCAGCGAAGCCCGCUGAGGUGGUCCUCAGCGCGGAUCGACUCUUUCGUGCGAUGGACAAAAAUCAGGAUGGUAAGGUUUAAUUGGCUCGAAUACAUGGAUAUGGACUAAUAGAUUCAUGCCUUGAACUUGUUGUUGUUGGCACCUCCACAUGUCUCACGAUUGCCAGUUACUCAUUGAUUGUAUGUACUAAACUACAACAGUACUUCUUCUUGCAGCCGGUUACAUAAAGGCAGUCGAUGUGGAUCCCCUCCUGCAGCAUCAUACUUAUUCUAGAUAAGUUGAGAAAGAAUAGAAGGUUAUUAAUACAUCCGCUAUCGUCCAGUCAUCUUGUUUUAAACAACAACAUGAUUCCAUUAUGAAGAUGAUAGCACCUCCAACAUCGUCCAGGGCGUGUUGACGGAUUCGAUGUCCACGAAUGGAUUGUCGUUCCGCUUUGCACCCCCAACCCUGCUGCCUCCAGCUCUACAACAAGUACUGCAGCGACGACAAAAGGAGUCAGCAAGGUUGACGAUGCGUCUCCUCCCCAGCCACAGUAUUCAGUGAUCGAGGGCUCUGCUCUGGUCGAAAGUUUGACUUCGGCGCCGAGUGGCUGUUUCGAGUCUGCUGUAGAGCUUGCGGAUAUGAUCGACGAGCGUUUCGACACACUCGUAGCACAUUCAACCACACGCGAGUUGGAAGAGGCUGCGUCGGGUCUGCAAAUUGCACAGCAGAUGCAACAAGGAAGUUAUGGAGAGGACUCGAGGACGAAGACGAAUUAUGCUCAUGUUUUGUAGGAAUGUAGUUCAUCUUAUUCUACCCUUUUACCAUUAGUUUUUGCUGGUUUUGUUAGUUGUUACUUCUUGUUCUGACCUCUACUGGUCGUAGCCUUCGUUACUUGUUGGUUUGUCUUGUAUCUAUUUCUAUACGUCUUAUCGGUUCCUCCCCUUUUCCGGACCCCUUGUCCCAACAGCCAAACUACUAUGUUAAUAUAUAUAGUUUUAAUGUAUUGUUUUUGUUUAAGGUUCUUACCCGCGCGAGCUCGUCCGUGCUUUCGUUCUGGCAGGUACUACGAGUGUUGAGAGAGAGAGUGAGAGUUCGUUCUAUCUUAGCCCUCAAGACCUUGCUCCUCUUCUUGAACAAAAAAACAGGGACUUCGACGGCCAGUCUCCUCCUUUAUAUGAAUGUAUUGUUUACUUUGACUACUUCCUCUGCACUUUUGUGGCCCUGCUAUAUCUUUUCUAGUAAAUGGUUACCUCUACUUAGAUAAAUCUGACAAAAUGGAUCCUCCCGGCUUGCGGCAGCGGCAUCGGGUUAAUAGAGUAGUCAAUCUCCCCAGUCCUCACAUUUUAACUGGUGAUAUUUUUCGACACGCACGACUCGAAGGUUUAUGAUCUAUGAAAACCAAAAUGCCGUCUAAUUCUAAUCAGUUGAUUCCGAGACCGGUUCCUUUCCUUCCACGGAGAUUACGGCCGAGACACUAGCAGCUGGGUUAAGACGGCUAGGCCUGGAAAGUAACACUGGUUCAAGUAUAGCAGAUGAGUGGCUGGCGUACACAUGCGGUCGCGCAGCACAAGGGUUCUCAGCUUGUUCAAGCACACUGCGACAGCUUCUUCAGGUUCAUUAAACGUUACUAGUAGCUGAAGCUACUUCUACUUCAAGUUCAACUUCAAAUGCCAAGCACUACUAGUACUAGACUUGAGCGCCCGGUAGGACUCCUCCCACUAGAAUCCUCCACCCUCUGCACGUACUUCCCCUGCCAUUGCGUGCCCCCGCUUCCCCGGCUCUUUCCCCGCGCGACAACCGUCUGGCGGAGUUGAUCGGUGGAGCAGCACAAGAGUCGGGCUCUGGGCGGCCUGCGGCCAUUGAAAAGAAAGGCACGCCUGGAAAUGGUAGGCCCGGGAGUUUGCUGGUCUUCUGUUAGGUUUGGCAUCUUUGCGGAAAGCUGAAGCGUUCAAGGUUCAAACUUUUAGAAUUCGUCUAAGUACUUUGAAGAAAGUUAAACGUUUUGCGUCCAAUUUUUUAAGCGUUUACUUCUCUUUAAUAAAAUCAAAAAUUUUCGCGCUUUCAAAUUUGAAGCAUCAACUUAAAACUUUUCAAAAUCCCAAAAUUUUUAAUUUUAUCGGCCAGGAAAUGAAUUAGAAUGCCAGGGUGGCGCGUUGUAGGAAGUUCGUCAUGGACUCACGAGCUCGGGGGUUUGGGGAGUUCGGGAGUGUGAGUUUGAGAGUUUGGCGGGGUCGUUGUUUAUUUUUUUUUUAGCUCUAUGAUAUUUGCAAGAAUGUUUUUUAACAUGAACUGCAGGAGCAGAGGCUGAUGAACACGUGCAUCAUGAUAGUAUAUCCGUGAUCCUGAAGUGACUUCACAAUCGCUAGUAAUGUCAUCCUCUUCUGUUUGGUUAUGCAUCCUCGACUUGGUUUUCUCAGUCGUCCUUUUGGCAGUAGAGUGGGAGUCCACUGUCACACUUUCAUAACACAAUAACACAACAAUGACAUCACAACAAGAGGUGAUGUCGUUGACGUGCAACAACAACUUUUGGGACAGGAAAGUGCAUGGUAAAAAUGGUAUCAAACAGCCACUUGUAUUCUUAACGUUCACGACGACAAAAAAACUUUCUCGUGUGGCGGGCGGGAGCAGACGCAGAGUUGCACCUGUGUUACUUAU